GUGCAAUCCUCAAAUGAAUACUUUCGGUAUUAUAUUAGUAAUUUUUAUAAUCACAGAUGAAUACGAAGGAAAAGUAACCUAUACGUUUCCAGAAUUUCAAUACAAAGAAACGAAUAAAAACGAGGUUAUGUAUAGAGAAGUAGAAGCGGCGUGUCAAAGAGGAUGCAUUGGAAAAAAUGGCGUGUCAAAAAUAUUAUGCGUUCGACAGUGCAUUUCCCCUUCCUGUUACAAGGAACUGUAUCAACCAGAUUUGUUGGAGGAAGGAGAGGUAGAUGUAAGACUAAACUCAUUCAAAGGAUGUUUUAUUCAACGAUACAACAGAUCUCGCCCAUAACCAUGGCUAUACACCAAUAUAUUAAUAACAAACACCUAAGACUAUUUUACAAUUUACAAAUACACAUUAGUCAAAAUGUAUUUUAAUUAACAUAAACUUUCGAAUUUUUUUAUCCAAUCGAGUUAUUUCGUAUAAAUUAUAAAUAAAGUUUGCUAAACAUUUAUUUUUGUUAUUAAUAUUCUAAAUAAGUGCAUUUAAUUACUGUAUUAUUCGAACUAACCUCGUAUAUAUGAAAAUAAUGACGUCUUUUACUUCUGUCUUAUAAAAAAUGUCAUCAGUUACUUUUACGAAUUAUACCGUUUUUGAUUAAUAAACUCGUUUUUAUUUUCGAAAUUUCCUUCCCAAAUUUUUAAUUACACUUUUAAAAAAAAAUAAAUUAUUGAUGAUUUAUUGAAAAAUAAAACUUUGUUAUUGAAAUUUAAUUUGACAGUAAGGACGUUUCCUAAUAAAUAGAUGAAUAUAUAACCUAACAAGGCUUUAUAGUUUUACAAGAAAAAGAAGAAAAUAAUUCAACUUCAUAAUAUAUCAAUGACUCAUUCGUUAAAACAAAAUUAUUAGGAAAGUUUUAAAAAAAGCUGAAGAAAAAUUAGAUUUGUAUAAAA